UCCAAGUUUCAAGCGGUGUCUCGGGACUGUGAGCCAUGGUAUCUCAACGUUGGUCGGCGGGCCAGUCCAAAGGAAAUGUUUGGGAUGCCUAUAGCAAGGUUGGCACAAAAGUGAGUGCUGGAGGUUUUGGUUUUGUCACCAAAGCCGCUUCAGCAGAUGGCGCUCACUAUGCCAUCAAGUCGGUCCCAAAGCUUCCCGAGAGCAAGUCCAAGCGGCGACGCACUGCCGAACGACUGCAGCAGGAGGUGGCACUUAUGCGACGUGUUCAACACCCACAGCACGUUGUGAAUCUGCAUGAGACCUUUGAGGAUGAGCACUUUGUUUACUUAGUGAUGGAGCUAUGUCAGGGCGGGGAGCUAGCGGCAUUUAUCCUGGAACAGGGGAACCACACUGAAUUCCAGGUAGCACUGGUCAUGCGUCAGGAUAAUGUGCUGAAGGUGGCGGACUUUGGCUUGGCCGCCGUUUGCACUUCUGGGCUCCAGGGCGUUGCAGGAACUUUGCCGUACAUGGCACCACAGGUGCUGACUGGUCGGUAUGACUUGGCCGUUGAUAUGUGGAGCUGUGGGGUCAUCAUGUAUUUAUUGCUUUGUGGCUACCCUCCUUUCUGGCAUGAGUUUGAUCCUCAGAAGACGGAGAUGACCAUCCGGCGUGGCAACUUCGCCUUCCCAGAGCAGGACUGGGGGAGUGUCUCCGAAGAAGCCAAAACACUGAUUCGAGGGCUGCUAAAGAUGCAGCCAACGGAGCGCUUGGCUGCAAAAGAAGCUUGCCAAAAUCCUUGGGUGAUGCGGUCCUCCAACGACGUAUCUCUGUCUCCAGCCUUGACACGGCUGCGAAAGUUCCUAAAGGCAAUGUACGCCACCCAGGUGCAGUCUGCCGAGGAUUUGUUGGGCAAUGAUUCGUCUACUUGGAGAAGCUUGUACCAAAGUGUUACAAGCUGGUUUGAGUUUAGAGCACCCAGUUUCUUUGCACCUUGUUGCAACCAGUCUGCCGGGAUCAUGGAGGAGGUGCACUUGGUGCCAUCAGACAUUCAAGCAACUGGAUUCGCGAUUGGAAUGAGGGUCUUGUACAACUCGCGGACACAUCAUCGCUGGCUGCCGACCGUGAUUGUGGAUCUGAACGACCAUGGAGAUGUGGAGCUUGAGAUCAAGCCUCGUGUUUGGAUCAGCCCCAAAGAGCAGUCGACACUGCUGCGCUCCGUGGAGUCUGUCAGGUUUUAGGUCAGAGCAGACAUUUCUUUGAAGCGUGU